AUGUACAAUGAUAUGACAACCAGCAUUUUGACAAUGUCAUUCUCAGACCUUUCGAUAUUCAACAAGCUCCUCUUUACGAGGCCGAAUGUCCCUUCCACCCCCGAAAUUCGCUCACCCACUUUACCGGGGCACUAUCCCAGCUCUGCUUUUCGUCCUCCGACUACGCCUCUAAGCCGACCCAGAAUGAAUGCGCUUGCAAAUGAUGUUUACGAACCUGAGGGUGCCACUGCACGCCACCUGUUGGAAUCAACAAUCACUGAUAAAUAUGCCCGAGGUGGGGGGGAUGUCAACGUCCAGCCGCUGGCUACGACGCGUCAUCGUCAGAAAUCACGAGCAAUGGAAGUAUCCAGUAGCGAUGAGGAUGAGACUCACUGGGCAAAUGCGACAUCUCAAUUCCAGGAAGGCCUUGAUCCUGAAGAUUUAAAUACCAUUGGGGGUGCGGGGCAGCUUGCUGCCGCACAAAAUAUCCAGCACGCUUUGGGGGAGAUGAUCCAGCGUAUGAUACGCAUCGACCUCGACACCGGCACCGCUAUCUCGCAGAGUGGCUUCCCACACGCCAAUCUCUACUUCAUAUCCACCCAGCCAAGCACCAGCACCUUCCCGGCAGCGUCCUCAUUAGUUCCAGCUGCCCCGAUUGCACCCGCAGCCGCUCCUCCAAGCUCGUCAGCUCCCCCUGUGACUGUGGAGAUCGAGGUUGUAACCGACCAAGUGCGCACAAUCGGAAACAACAACAGUCACGUUCAUGGGUUCUUUCGCUUUGAAGCUCCACCGACGAGUGCGCUGGAAGACCAAAAAUUCACAUACGGUGAUGUAUUUGAGCAUAGCACUCCUGAUCAAGGGGGGGGUUUUGAAGCCUCAACGACGUUCAUGAUCUGGCAAUAUAGGGAAGACACGUGGGUCAAUGUGACCGAUGGCUAUAAUCACGGCAAAAUACACCAUCCCUCAAUCCCAGGAUACGUUCUCGUGCCUUCAACCGCGCGCGAGCCCAAACCCACCUACAUCCUGUUAAAGAGCUUUAAUGACAGGAAGCGGUCUGGUUACGAAUGUAUAUGUAUCCCCUCCUUCGAAUCAACGUGCCAACUCUCUCUGGAUCUUCAAAUCUUGGAUAUGGGCCCUUUCCUCGGUCUUCGUUGUGGUGGUGAUCAUGAAGCGAAUGCGGUGCGUAACGAGCUGGCUGCUGCCGCAUGGGAGUACCAGUAUGUUUCUCUUCCUAUUGCUGAUCCAUACUUUCUGCAAUUGCAACCUUGGGCCUUCUGCUCAUCCAGCGAGUUCUCAUCGGUACGGCUACGAGUAUGGGCCUGGAGAUUCCUGGAGUCUGUAGCUGCCGAUGUCGCUGCCAAUCUCAAGAGCGGCGGUCUUUCGCUCCUCCACGCUUCCCAUUCUCUACUCAAGGACUCAAGGGCCGAUUGA